CACUUACUCACAUACGCUGCAUACACAUCGGAGCGCCUGCUUUAUAGCCGCUCUGUCUGUGGAUCUAUUCGUGACAGACGCGUAGUGCCAAGAUGCCUUCCUGUGGCUGGCUGUUGUUGGCUCUGUCUGUGGCAGCACUAACAGAAAACACUGUUGCUGCUGUUGUGUAUGAGCAAACCGAGAGGAACUGCUCCGUGCACCCACCGUACCUCCCCAGCACAGCAGUAAAUACCACUCUCCGGCUGCAGGAGUUACGAGAGCAGAUGCUUCUCCUGAAUAUCUCUGCCUACAUUAUCCCUGGCACUGAUGCUCACCUGAGUGAGUAUAUCGCACCACGUGAUGCCAGGCUGGCCUUCAUGACCGGCUUUUCAGGCUCCGCAGGCACUGGCGUGGUGACUCAGACCAAGGCCGCUCUGUGGACAGACAGUCGCUACUGGGUUCAAGCUGAGAGACAGAUGGACUGCAACUGGGAGCUGGAGAAAGAUGUGUCCGUCAGCAGUAUAGCGGAGUGGCUGAUCACUGAGGUCCAACCAGGCAGCGAGAUCGGCUUUGAUCCCUUCCUCUUCUCCCUCAAAACGCAGGAGGACUACAGCAUCAAUCUGGAGUCAAGCAAUCGCAGCCUUAAGUCCAUCCCUGUUAACCUGGUUGACCAAGUGUGGAGGGACAGACCGCCCAUCCCACCUGAUGACCUCACCCACCUGCCGGACAGAGUCAUACAAAGGUCCUGGCAGACAAAAGUGGAGCUCAUACGGACUCAGAUGAGAGACAAUCCUUACGAACCAACAGCUCUUCUGCUAUCAGCACUGGACGAAACAGCCUGGCUGUUCAAUCUACGUGGAAACGACAUCCCCUACAAUCCUUUCUUCUACUCCUACACGCUGCUCACAAUGGACGAGAUCUGGGUUUUUCUGCACACAGACAGAGUGACAGACGAGUUGCGGGUGUACCUGAACGCCUCCUGUAAUGGAUCCCUCUGUGUGCAGCUGAAAAACUACGACAGUAUCCGAGAUCACCUGAAGAAGUAUGUGGCCCAGCCUGGGGUCAAAGUGUGGAUCGGCACUGAGUACACAAACUACGCACUUUAUGAGCUCAUUACACCAGAGGAGAAACUCAUGACCAGCUCCUACUCUCCUGUGUUGACAACAAAAGCAGUGAAAGAUGAGACUGAGCAGCGAAUCUUGAGGGACGCUCACGUGAGGGAUGCAGUCGCGGUCAUCCAGCUGCUGAUGUGGCUGGAGAAGGCAGUGCCAGAGGGCAAAGAGACGGAGCUGACUGCUGCAGAAUACGUCAAUAAGUGCCGUGGCAAACAGAAGGACAACAGAGGCCCGAGCUUUGAGACAAUCUCUGCAAGUGGACCCAAUGCAGCACUCGCACAUUACAGUCCUACAGAAGAAACGAGCAGGAGGUUGACAGUUGACGAGAUGUACCUGGUGGACUCUGGUGGCCAGUAUCUAGACGGGACCACAGACAUCACUCGGACAGUUCACUGGGGAACCCCCACAGCCAUGCAGAAGGAGGCCUUCACUCGAGUGCUCAUGGGAAACAUUGAGAUAUCUCGAACUAUCUUUCCCUCAGGGACAAGAGGUGUAAACAUGGAGAUGCUCGGUCGCCGGGCAUUAUGGGAGGUGGGCCUGAACUAUGGCCACGGCACAGGUCAUGGUGUUGGAAACUACUUUGGAGUUCAUGAGUGGCCAGUUGGCUUUCAGAGCAACAACAUUCCCUUCAGAACUGGCAUGUUCACGUCUAUUGAGCCUGGAUAUUACAAAGAGAAUGAGUUUGGGAUCCGGAUUGAAGAUGUUGCUGUGAUUGUGCCUGUACAGACAAAGUAUGGUCAUCACUACCUGACCUUUGACACUGUGUCGCUGGUUCCAUAUGACAGAAAGCUGAUCGACACCUCGCUCCUCCGCCCAGAACACCUUCAGUGGCUGAAUAAAUACUAUGAAACAAUCCGGAGGCUGGUGGGUCCUGAGCUGGACAAACAGGGACUUCAGGAGGAGAAGGACUGGAUGCUCAAACACACAGAGUCCUUCACAGAGUCCGGCUCUUCUGCGUCCGUCUGCUCCUCCUCGCUGACCCUCGUUGCUUUGGCUGUCGCUCUCCUCCACAACAUCAUCUGAGCAUCUUCAUCUCUCUGGUACAUCCACAGCAGACUUGCACACUAAUGUUACCCCUAUGCAGUCUCUACUGAGCAGCUAUACCAGGUCGAGAGAUGCACUGCAAUUUAGCAUUUUUUAAUUGAAGGAUAUAUUUGUAAUGAUAAUUUAACUGGGUGGGUAAAUGGUUGAUAUUGUGGUGUUAAAAUGAGCUUUUGUGUGAUUGAUGUUUUAGCUUUUUUGGUUUUUAAUCUGGACAUUUGUAUG